AAAAAAAAAAAAAAAAACUAACUGCAUAUUUUCUGCAGGAAUUUCUGACUGGCGCGCACGCACUACUGCACUACCCAGUGCCGAACUUAUGACGGUUUUAUCGGUUUUAUAUGCUACUUGAAAUCUUUACAAGUGUUUUCCAAUUCUACAGAAGAAAGACCCCCGGAACUCUGGAAGGCUCAAGGCUGAAAUAAUAAAAUUCCUAUAGUUUCCCGAUUAGUCAAUCACUUGAGGAUCCGGGUCCCCUUCCUCACCAACUUUCUCUUUCUCUCGAGGAAAUUACAAUCUUGGGGAAUGCCUAUAAAUACUGUUCCAUGUAAAGCAUUAAAGAAUCUUUGCAUUCAGUGCUCUUUUCAUGCCCUAGGCUAUUUAAGUGUUAUCACUUAAUUGGGUUUGCAGCAAGCCAUUCGAGGAAUUCAAUAUCUAAAGUAUUGCUGGGUUAGCCUUGGACCAUCAUCAACAAAAAAUUUUAAAGAAGCUCAUGGGUGCUGAAGUUGGCAUUGAUGUGGGAAGAAGGCGGCGAUUACCACCUUGGAUGCAGGGAGUAGCUGCAGCUGACCAAGGAUGUAAGUCUGGGAAUAAAGAUGAAGAGAAUGUUUCAUCAGGACUAGCAAAUUCAUCCUUUGCUCCCCAGCCCAAGAGAAAACCUAAAGCUAAGAGGCUUGAAAAAGAAGCCCAACUUUGUGACAAGGAACUUGGGGAAGUGGAUUCAAGCUUACUAGUAAAAUGCACAAAAAAGUCGGGAAAAACAAAUCUCUUUCAAAGAGAUGUGGAUAGUGAUGGUCUUACCCAUAAUGAAGAUGAAGUUCCGAAGAGAAGAACAAAGAGAAGUUGUGGCACUCAGAUUGCAGUUCGGGAAGCUGCUUCUGAAAGGAAACGAGGAGGAAAGAAUUACAGGGUUGAAAGUAGUGCUGAGAUCCCGGCCCUGUCACCUAGUGAAGAGGAUGGAGAACUGACAAUGGAAGAUCUAAUGAGCAUUGCUGAAGAGUAUGUCAAAGCUGAUAAUGAUAUCAACAAUCAACCAUCUGAAAGAGAAGAAGCCACAUCAGUAACCCAACCUCUGGAAGCCAACUUCUCUAGCAUAGAGAUAGAGUCAGGUGGUUCUCUGAAGUGCACUCAAAGCAGCAGGGGAUCAUCCAAUAAUCCAGCAGAAAGUUCAAAUUUUAAUUUAAGCAAGACUGGGUUCAAGGAUCAGGAUGAUUCAAUAAGUAAAAGCAUAAUCACUGAUCUCAGAAGAACAGGGGACCCUACUCAAGAUAUGUUGGAUUUAUUUUUAGGUCCACUGCUCAAGAAACCCCAAAAAGAGGAAAAAAAGAUGGAAAUUACUACCGAGGAGAUCUUGGCUUAUGAAUUCAGGAAGCAAAGUGAAAGCAAGAAUGUUGAGUCAGAAGUAGUCCCUUUGGUGAAGAAGAAAAGCAGCCUUAAGGACAAGAUCUCCAUGUUUCUUGAUUGAAUAGGUUCUCUGUUCUGGUAUGCUGCCAUGCGCAAGAAGUGAGGUGGGAAUACAUGACACAAUAUCUGUCAUUGUGCGUCCAAUCUUUGUUUCACAUCUUCACUGCAGAACAUAAAUCUCUCCCUUUGGUGAAGAAUAAGAGCAGACUUAAAGACAAGGUUUCCAUGUUUCUUGAUUGAAAAGGGUUUUCUGUUCUGGUAUGCUGCCAUGCAUGGGAACUGGGAAGUGAGGCAGGAGUACAUGACAGAAUCUCCCAGAGUCCCAAAUCAAUAGUGCAGCAAAUCUUUGUUUCGUAUCUUCACCACAGAAUGUAUUUUUUGCCAACAUAAAUCUCUCCAUACGUCUUUGUGACAAGACAUGCUUUUCAACUCAGCACACACACACAAGUUAUCAACUCUUUGCAGGGACUUUACUUAGAGGUAGCAUAUAUUGCUCAAUAGUUCGGAAAUAAGGCAGCAUGAAUGGAGGGUUCCUAUGGUUUAAGUUUUCAUGACUUAUCAUUGAAGUUAAUAAAGUUAUUUGUUCUUACCCUGUCA